AUGGGUUCCAGCGCUAAAAGAAAGAAGGAGAAGCAGAAGGACUUCCAGAAACCCAAACUCAAGGUCGGCAAAACCAAAGCGAAGCCCGAAAACUACACAGACACAAGUUUCCGAUCAAAGUCAAUUGUUCUCACCCAACAAUCCCUUCACCUUGCCGCCCCAUCUUCAAAUACCCAAUUCACCCAUAACCUCUCUCUCCUCUCCGCCAAAUCCGACAGCCAGCGCCGUGACUCGCUCGCAUAUCUGACGACCACAAUCGCCUCUCGGCCAGUGGACUCACCACUCCCACAACCUGUUAGCGUCAUUCUACCGUCUCUGCUUCCACUCAUUCUCGAUGGAACGACCAGUGUUCGGACGCAACUUCUGAAGCUCUUGAAGACCCUGCCGCGGGGCGAUGUGGAGGAUCAUGUCGCACAACUUCUCCCAUAUGUUCGCGCGGGUAUGACCCAUCUUGCAGCGGACAUCCGUGUCUCCGCUGUGGAAAUUCUGUCAUGGCUGGUCGAAGCGGCCGGAGAACAAACAGUUUCUUGCGCCGGAGGCUGGAUCAAGACACUCAAUUGUUUCCUGUCCGUACUAGGCUGGCACACGGAAGAAUCUUCACGCUGGUCAUCCAACCGUGCUUCCUUUGGAAAGUCCGGGAACCAGGGUAGACCUAUGGUCAAAGUGCUUGGGGCUCUGGCGGACUUUUUGGAUGCGGGUAUCGGAAAGCCUUCGACCGGCAAUGCCGAUAGUGACAUGUCCGAGGACGAAGAGAGCUCUGCAUGGCCUUUCCCACUUUGCCAGACAGGUCAACACAUGAUCUCAGACUCGUCUGCUCCUUAUGCAUAUUUGAACCUGUUUGGUCAGCCACGUGAUGAGGAAGGUGAAAUGUACGAGACACGUGAGGAUCGAUACCGCGUGUUCUCCGCCCGUUUCCAUCCGGCAAUGGAGCGCGGUCUCAAGGGUGCCAGAGAAGAGGGUGGCGAGAUGGGUCGUGCAUCAUCUAGCGUGACCAAGGUAUUGAAAGAAGCCAUUGCGUACGGACCAGGGCCAUGA